AUGGGCGAUAAGGAAGCUCUGAUGGAUGCUCUCAAGCAAUACAACGCUUGUGAUAUAUCCGACGCCCUCCUCAAGCUCAAAGUCCCCUACGCCGGCUUCCUCGUCGACAUCCUACCCCGCACCUCCACCCCCGGCAUCAACAUCUCCGUCGCAACCACCGUCCUCUUCGCGCCCAAAGACACCACCGAGCCCAAGUGCUCCCUCCCCGCUGACACCCACUUUGCCGACUUCAUCACUCCCUCCUGCACGGUAGUCGUCUCCCAGCCCCCCGACCAGCGGUGCGCCGUCGUCGGCGGCAUCGUCGCAGAACGCAUGUACCAGCUCGGGGCGCGCGCAAUCAUUGUGGACGGGCGGGUGCGCGAUCUGGAGGAGCUGGGGAAGCGGGAUGACCUGAUGGUCUUUUCGAAGGGGGUUAGUACGGUUGGGGCGGGGGCGGAGGCGAGGGUGGUUGCGGUGGAUGAUGUGAUUACGGUGCAGGGGGUGGAUGUUGCUAGUGGUGACAUCGUCUUCGCCGAUAGUAAGAACGGGGUAGUCAUCAUCCCCGCCGCACACCUCGUACAAGUAGUAGGGAUGCUCCCGAAGAUGGUAGCCGCAGACGCAAAGGCCAUGGAGGAUGUCCGCAGCGGUAAGAAGAUUUAUGAUGCGUUCAAGAAGCACCGCGGGGGGUAG